AUGGCAACAAAUAAUACAACUAUUGGUAUAAUAGGUACAACUGGAAGAGAUAAAUCUCGUCCAUUAAACAAAAAGCAUUUUGAAUUUAUGGCAGAUGUUUUAGAACAGUAUUUAGAAAAUCUUUUUAACGAACAUAAAGAAAUCGAAAGGGAUAAUGUGACACUAUAUUCGGGGGGUGCGGCAUGGGCAGAUCAUACAGCAGUAGAUUUUUUUUUAAAGAAUUCAGAAAAAUGUAAAUUGGUUGUAUAUUUACCUUGUCCAAUAGUAGAAAAGCAAUUAGAUGAUGGAACUAAAGUAUAUAAAUUUGAAGACAAUGGUACCAAAGGAGUUUCAAACCCAGGAAGAACAACAAACGGAUAUCAUGAAAAUUUCAGUAAACAAAUUGGUAGGGAUACAAUAUUAGACAUUGUGAAAGCAAAAGAAUUAGGCGCUAUUAUCGAUAACAGUGUAUUAGGUUUUAAAAAUAGAAACACGUGUAUAUCAAAAGCAGAUUUCUUAGUUGCAUUCACCGGUGCUCCUGGUAACGCACCUCUAGGGGGUGGUACUCUUGACACAUGGAAAAAAUCAAAUUCAAAAUAUAAAAGUCAUAUUACUAUACCUGAAUCAUUCACAAAAAUUAAUUAA